AUGCCUCAGAAGGAAUUUGAGACAGAGUUUCCAUUGAUUGAUUCGGAUCCGCACUUCAGGCGCGUGGUGCGCUACUUCCGUCCUUCGGACUAUUAUGCUAUCGCAGGCACAGCCGUGGCCUUCCCAAGUGCGCUCUGGCUGCUAGAGAGCUCUGAUCCAGCGCGCGGCCGCGGAAAGCUUGGUGCGGCUUUGAAGCUAUCGACAUUCCUUGGAUUGUGCGGAGGAUUCUUGUAUGCGUACCAGCGCUCGACGUUCCGUUUCUGGGGUUGGACAGAGAAUGCGCGUGAACAGGAACUCGCAAAAGCAGAGGUGGCCUCUGGCGAUGUGCCUGGUCAGGGCAAGAGCAGCCUCACAGACGAGCUGCAAGGCGUCGCACACAGGAACAGUGCAUUCUCUCAGCUCAACUUGGGUACGUCCGUUUUGUUUCGCGUAGGCGCGUUUUGCUCUGCGCCAUGUUGUUUGUACACAGACUGA